AUGGAGGUGGAUAAAGGCCCUAGUGAAGGAGAACUUUCAGCGGGCUCCUGCUGCGUGCCCGGCAGCAGCAGAAACAGCAGCAGCAGCAGCAGCAGCAGCAGCAGCAGCAGCAGCAAGUCAGUUGAUCAAGUGCUGCAGUCUUUGCCUUGCCCCCACAUUUGGGUGCACCGCGGCUCCGGCGGCCGGCUGAGAAAGGCAGCAGAAAAGGCCAUCAACGCACUGAGACAGGUGGGUUGCUGCUGCUGCUGCUGCUGCGGCUCUUGCUGCUGCUGCUGCUGCUGCUGCUGCGGCUCUUGCUGCUGCUGCUGCUGCUGCUGCUGCGGCUCUUGCUGCUGCUGA